UCUCUGGGAUCUGUAGUCUCUCCUCUUGCGCAAGGCUUCGCCCUUGGUCCCUAGCGGACGCCGCUGUCCCUGGCAUCCUGGCUGAAGUGGCGGGGUCGGAGCUGUCUGGGUAGCGGGCCUGCUCUUGAGUCGCAGACCUGAGUUGCAGAGUCACUCGUUGGUGGGGAAGACACCUGCCAUCUUCCCGUUGCUCGGGCGCCCCUCCCUGAGACACAGUCUACCCACUCUCUUUGGGACCCCGGGGGGCGGGGGGGGGGAGAAGCGGGUGUGGCCGCCAUGUUGGUGAAGGCGAGCGUCCGCGCCGGGAGCUCCAGGACCGUUGGCUCUGCGGGCCUGAGCCCGCCAUAUUAAUAAAGAGAAAGGGGAGUGGGCCCAGCCUCCCUGCUCUAUAGUGUGCAUGCCCCUCUUCCCGCCCGGCUAGCAGCGCCUGGUCGCCGGCCUCGUUCGCCUUUGCGCGGUGACAGCGGCUUUUGCGGGGCUGCGCCGAAUGAGGGGCCGGGGGAAAUGCCGACCAAUUGCGCCGCGGCGGGCUGCGCUGCCACCUACAACAAGCAUAUUAACAUCAGCUUCCACAGGUUUCCUUUGGAUCCUAAAAGAAGAAAAGAAUGGGUUCGCCUGGUUAGGCGCAAAAAUUUUGUGCCAGGAAAACACACUUUUCUUUGUUCAAAGCACUUUGAAGCCUCCUGUUUUGAUCUAACAGGACAAACUCGACGACUUAAAAUGGAUGCUGUUCCAACCAUUUUUGAUUUCUGUACCCAUAUAAAGUCUAUGAAACUCAAGUCAAGGAGUCUUUUGAAGAAAAAUGACGGUUUUCCUCCAACUGGACCGUGGAAUUUAAAGUCGAACAGUCAGCAAGUACUACUCGAACACAGUUAUGCCUUUAGGAACCCCAUGGAGGCGAAAAAAAGGAUAAUUAAACUAGAGAAAGAAAUAGCAAGCUUAAGAAGGAAAAUGAAAACUUGCCUACAAAGAGAACGCAGAGCAACUCAAAGAUGGGUCAAAGCCACGUGCUUGGUGAAGAGUUUAGAAGCCAAUAACAUGUUACCCAAGGGCCUCUCCGAACACAUUUUACCCACGGCCUUACAUGAUCUUCCUUUGGAAGACUUCAAACUUCUCCAACAAGAUCAACAAGGUAAACCAUUACCAGUUCUCUAAGUGUAAACUAGACAAGAUCUGCACCCAGGUUUUCCUUCCACAGAACCUGAUGCCCUUCUUCCCCUCUUCCCACCAUUGAAGAGACAGGGCAGUUGUACUAAAAUCACAUUCUUAAGGUUUUACUUGAAGUAACAGUCACUAUAUAACUUGCAGAAACUUGAGUCUAAGACAAAUGGGAAAAUGUAACGACAGCUUUGAGAACGCGUAGAAGUGCCUUACACGAGGACUAUGUGCUUAGACGUUGUCUAGGAAACACUGUGGAGUGUUUCUGCUUGUGUUUUCUAAACUGCUGUCAAACAGGAAUGACGAGUGAGACGUUCCUAUGAGGAAAAACAUUCGACACCAAAGUUGGGAUACUACAUUCUAAAGAAUAUGCUAGGUGGGAGCUAAUCAUUAAAUGUGAACUUAAAAC